AUGAGUUUCGAAAUCCUUCGAUUUCCCAGCAGGCCCAAACGCUCGACCACCGCCAAGAACAUCAAAAAUAGCCCCUUCGUCCCAACUCCGGAGUGUCAUCUCAAUGACAAGUGCUCUUCGGAUGAGUUUGAAGAUAUCAGAUUUGAUCAAUUGAUCCUGGCAAGAUAUGUUACUUCAGAUGUACUGGGCGUCUCAUUCCCCGCUAUUCUGUACAUAGACGCCUUUGUUGUAGGGAUUGAUGUCAUAUCCUAG